AUGGCUUUAUAUCCAUCCUUGGAAGAUAUGAAAGUGGACCAGAUGGUUAAGGCCCAGCACAAUGCUCACUCUCCCUACCAAUCUGUCCAGUAUCCCAUGGAUACAGAUACUGGAUCUUCCAGUCUGGAACACUCUGCCCUUUAUCCAAGCUUAGGUGAAUAUAUGGGAUUGAAACUUACACCUGAUUUGGUUCAGGACAUGGUACCAGUAGAUAAUCAAGUUGGUAUUUGGCAAGGUAAUAGUGGUCAGAUGCAAGUAGCCCCUGUCACUGGCUCAAACAAAGGUUUAAUGAGAGCAGAAAUAAAACAAGGUAUCAGAGAAGUUAUUCUCUGCAAAGAUGAGCACGGCAAAAUUGGUCUUCGACUCAGGCAUGUAAAUAAUGGUGUGUUUGUGGCUUUAGUUCAAUCCGGCUCUCCUGCAGCAAUGGUUGGUCUUCGAUUUGGAGACCAGAUCCUUCAAAUUGACAACCAGCCAGUUGCUGGUUGGGAUAACGAAAAAGUGCAUAAAUAUUUGAAGGACGCUAAUCCACAGAAAAUUUCAAUGGCUAUCAGGGACAGACCAUUUGAGAGAACAGUGACCAUGCAAAAAGACAGUCUUGGUUAUGUGGGAUUUGUUUACAAAGAUGGGAAAAUAAAAUCUUUAGUAAAAGAUUCUUCUGCUGCCAGAAAUGGUCUUCUUACUGACCAUCAACUUAUUGAAGUCAAUGGACAGAAUGUUGUGGGACUGAAGGACAAAGAGAUUGGUGCCGUGAUUGAUGCUGGUGGCCGAACUAUAACUGUGACUGUGAUGCCAAGUGUGAUUUAUGAUCACAUUGUUAAAUGUAUGGGCAACAGUUUGAUGAAAAAAUUGAUGGAUCACUCAAUCCCUGACCUGUAA